UUUUUUAUUAAUUUUUUUUUAAAAUAUAAAACACUGUUCUAGGUUCCCGUGCUUUUGUAAAAAUCUCUGCGUAGUCUUUUACACUCGCUUGUGAUCAUCUGUCCAAAAGCAACGGGAACAAUACAUACACUGUGUGUGAUUAGAAGUGUCCGGCCUCCUUAUAACUGGAGAUCUGUGUGUGUGUGCGUGUGUAAAUGUAUUAUCUUAAUUUGGUUAAUACUAACAACUUAAUCUAAUAAUUAAUGGCUACAAAUUAAUAUAAAUAUUUUGCAAUAUUGACUAUAUAAUUUAUUUUAAUGAUAUCUUAAGUAUUAUCUCCUUACGAUGAGUAAAUAUCGCACUAAAAUAUAUGUUAUUUGAUAAGAAAAAAGAAUGGCGUCGUAUGUAAAUGUUUAACUAUAAUUUCCGUUGUUAAUUGUUUGACCUAUAAUAUUUUGUUUUACAUAAUGUAUGAUAGCUUACAUAGCAUAUCAUUACAAUACAAUUAUUUAUGAGCUUAUGAAUACUAUAUAUUAAAAAACUCAUUCAUGCUUAUAAUUAGUUCUCAUUUACAUACUAUAGAAUAUAGCACUUAGAUAAACAUGUAGAUAAUUUAUGAAAAUACCUCGAACAAUUUAAUUUAAAUCAGAUAACAAAAUAAAAAAAGAGGAAGAAUGGUUGUGUUUUUAUCAAUGUCCAGCUAUCAUCUUUUUGAUGCUGAAUAAGUAUACAUUUUCUGACAUAAAUGUAAUUGUUAUGGAGAUUACCUACAUGUUUUCAACUUUGUACAUUAAAGAAUAUAUGAGUGUUUUUAAAAUAAAUAUAAAAGAAAAUGUUUCAUAAGAAAAUAUUUAGUUUGUUGAAAUGGAUUGCCCAGAGCUGUAUAUCAAUGCGAAUAGCUUGCAACGAAUUGAUGCUAAGGAUGUUUUGGAGAGAUGGAUAGGAAAAAUGAUAUGGAAAUCUAAUGAAAUAGUUUUAGACUUAGGAUGUGGACCAGGCGAUGUCACCUCGGAUAUUCUUUAUCCUUUUCUAAAAAAUAAAAUAGAACUGUUGGUUGGUUCUAAGUUAUGUAUACUAAUUUGUGAACAAUUAUUUUUACAUUAAUAUUUUAUUUCAGGUAGCUGUUGAUAAAUCAAAACAAAUGGUGGAAUUCGCUAAAAGAAACUAUGGGUGUUCCAAAAUUAAUUUCAAAGUUCUGGAUAUUGAAAAUGUUAAUGAUUGUACAUUUAAUUCUUGUGGAUUCAAUAAAAUAUUUUCAUUUUACUGUUUACACUGGAUUCAGAAUAAACUAGAUGCUCUUGUUAAUAUGCACUUAAUGUUGAAGAACAGUGGAGAAAUUUUGGUUUACUUUUUAUUAGUUAACCCAGUGGUUGAGUUGUAUAAAUGUAUGGAUGAAGAAUGGAAAAAAUAUGUUCCAGUGAGUAUUUUAUGUAUUAAUUAAAUUUAAAAAAUUCAAUACCUACUUCAGUCAAUCAGCUUAAAUUUAAAAAAUUAUUUUGUAUAUAUAUUCUAUUAAUAUUAAAUUUAAAAUAUAAUUAAGCCUUAAUUAUGAAAUAUGAAUUAUAGUAUUUAUUUUUACUAUGAUGUAUGAUUUUUUUUUGUGUUUGACAACUUUUUUUUCACAAAUCUUUCCAAUUGAAAAACGAUAAGUCCGUUAUCGAGAUAUUGACGAAAAAUAUUACUCCCCGUGUCCGUAAUAGUCUUCCAUUAUAGAUAGAUCGAAAUACAUUAGAAUGCCUACCCUUUUGCAGGGAUCUUAUUAUUUUGUUGUCCGUUAAGAUAGGUUUCACUAUACUCAGAAAUAGACAAAUUUACGACAUUAAAAGUUUUAAUAUUUUUUCUUAUUUUUACAUUUUGUUGUUUUUCUACCAGAAAUCUUAAUUUUUUUUUUUUUUAAUUUUACUUGCAGUUUUCUUAAUAAAUGAGAGAGAAAAACUGAGAAAGUACAUUAAAUUUAAUGAUUUUGGUUUUUUUAUUUUAAUUCAGUUAAUCUACUAUUAGAUGAACAAUUAGUAAAGAUUUGGAAUUUUGACAGAAUAAUAAUAUUAUCCUUUUCGAGAGGACAUAAUAUUUUAGUGAUUUUUGUGUUAUUUAAAAACAUUUAAAAUUUUCGAGUUUUACUUGGUUUUAUGAGGAUAAAAUUAUUUUGCCAGACCAGAAAUAUUUAACAUUUUUACUUGAGGUGUAUUAUAGGUUGUAUUUAGUAUAAAAAAAAAAAUGAGUUUAAUGUAAUAGUUUUUUUUAAAAAAAUACAUGUAAGCAUUUUAAGUUUAAAUUCUGAUGAUAAAUAAAACAUUUUGGAGAAAAAAAUUACAAUUGUUUAGAAAUCUGUAUUAAAUAUGUAAUAUUCUUUUCAUUAGCAUAAUUUUAGUUGUUCGAAAAUAAUACGCAUCUCUUCAGUUAUAAUAAAUGCUACUAUUAAUAUCACACAAUUUUAAAAUUGAUAGGUAUAACAUUAUUUUUGGAUUUACUGCGGUUCAAAAAAAAACUGACCUAUUAUUUAAAAGUUUAGUAACAUAAUGACUAUAAAUGACUACGACUAUAUUCCUUAUUAUACCAAUGAGUUUCUAUUUGAUCAUAUUUAUUUAAUAAUAAUUACCUUAACAUUUAAAAUAUGUAUAUAUAUACAUACAUACAUGCAUAAAAUAUCUCAAAUAAAUGUAACAUGGUUGCACAUGAGCUAAAAAUAUCUAAUUCAUUAUUCAACUUAAUAUUUGUUUAGGAUAUCAUUCAGAAGGCCCAAACUAUCUAUUCAGAAGAAGAAGUUAAAUUGUUGUUCAUCAAAGCUGGUUUUAAAGUAAUCAGUAUAGAAUCAAGCAUUAAAAAACAUACAUAUCCAGAUUUCACAUCAUUUCUGAGUAAUUAAAACCUUAAUAUGUAUUAUAAAAACUAUUAAUUUUAUGAAGAUAUUCUCGGUAAACACAUUUUCAAUAAGUAAAAUUGGUCCUAUUUAUUAAAUUCGUGCAUUAACCCUAGAUAACAUGCUCAAUAAAUGUUAAUAAGAUAUUAUUUAAAACAAAAGAAAAAAAUGAUUUAUUUUAAAUAAUUAUAUAAUUAUUAAUAUGAUUUACUUAAACAUAUAUCCUAUAAUCUAGUCUAGUGGUUCUCAACAUUUUUUGUAUGACGUCAGCCUAAUGUAGAUCCAUAAAAAUGAAAACAUGCUUAAAACUAAUAAUGAAAUUGAAAUGGUAAACACAACGCUCUCAAAUCAUAACACGGUAAACAACUGAGGACAUACUUAUUAUUUUGAUACCUACAUGUUAUGCCGAUUUCCUAGUUUUUCUUUUCUGUGAGUUUUCCAUACCAUAAUGUCAUAUAUAUAUACUGGUUAAGAACAACUGAUCUAAUCCAAUUAAUAAUUAUUAAAUUAUUUGUUAUGGUUAUAUUUUAAAAUUAAUUGAGUAGAAAUACUUUUUCUUGUAAGUGAAAUUAGAUAUGCAAUUUAUUUCACUACUGGUAUAGAAUGCGUGAAUUCAUUUUUAAAAUGUAAUUUAUCUUUUCAUAAUCAUUUAUCAUCAGCAUCAAUAAAUUAAUAUGAUUCAUUGUUAUUCACAAGGCCAUAAAAAAGAAAGAAAAAAUCUGUUUCAGUGUUUCAUUUAAAUUAUUUAAAAUUGCUAACCCUGAUGUAAGAUGCUUUUUUUUUUUAAUAAAAUGUAUAAAUAUAAAUUGUAAAAUAUAUUAUAUUGCAUACUCUUAAAGUGUUAAGUCACGCUUUAAAUAAAAUAAAAUAAAAUGAAAGCUCAGAACUCAAUUUCUACCUUUUUAUAAUUUAUUUAUUUAUAAUAACAGGCUUGUGUUCAUGUUAUCGUAUUCACAGAAAAUUACAAGUUUUGCAUAAAAUAUAUAUUUAUUUCAAAGAAGAGAAAACUAUUGGUUUAAGGAUAUAAAAACAAAAGAAGAAAGGGUUGAUAUUGGCGUAUUAGGCAUAAGGUGGAUAAUUGGUUUAUUGAGUUUGUAAUUAGUAGAGCGGAAAGGAGGUUGAAUAUUUCUAGUUAAAUAGGAUAUUAUGAGAAGAAAUUUAUUAUAAACUAAGUUGGUAAGAAAGUAAAAAGUAAAGUAAGAAUGGACAAUAAAUGCCGAGAGAAGUUUCUAUUAAAAGCUAAUAUUGGUAGAAAUUCUGUAUUUAAAUAAGUUUACUAAAUUAAUUUUACUGAGGACGAAUUUGUAGACAUGCAGUGGGUACUCAUGAAGUAUUCAACCACUAAUUAUAUUAAUAAAUAUUAUUUUCAUAUACUUAGAAUUAAAUAAAAUACUACAUACUUAUUUUCAUUUAUAUGUUUUGUUAUUAGUUAAAAAUAAAAAAAUAUAUAGCUAACUUUUUUUAUUAAUAAUUAAUAUUUUGUGUGUGUUUACUAGAUGCUAUCAAACCAGUAGAUGAUAUGUACAAUAUUUUGUCACCACAUUUGCAUGACAGGUAUUCUAUUCAUGUUAAGGAUAAAAUUUAUGAGAAGCAAUUGGUUGAUAUAUGUCCAACUACUGGAAAAGCAACACAUUCAUACAUUCCUAUUACUGUGCAUGCUGUAAAAAAUUAAAAUAUUAUUAAACAGAAGAAUACUACAAUUAAAUCACAACCAGCUGAUCAAAGAUUUAGGUUCUAAUACAGCAUCUGAAAAUCCAACCAGUUAACUUCAAUGAAAAUGGUGCAGUGUUUUAUUUAUUUAAUUUAAUUUAGUCUCAAUAUGCUUCUAAUGUGAGGCUUUUUCUUUCAUGUUUCCUGUCACUUUUAAUUACUUAUUGUACAUAUUAUAUGGAUGGUAAUCUCUUAUAAUAAAGAAUGCUGAAAUUAAUAGUUUUUAUUUUAAAAAAUGGGUAGGCUGACUUAAUUCCAAAUCAAACUAUAAGGGAGCGUUAUUAUUGUUACUAAGUUUCUAAAGAUUUUCAAUUCAAUAAAUAUAAACUAUAAAUAUAAUCUUAAAUUUUUGCUGUAGUAGUAAAAUUAUGUUUUUAAU